AUGGCUGGCGUGAAGACUAGGAGAAAGGGGCCAGCUGCGAUGACCAGCGGGCGGGGCGCAUGGCAAAGAAAGGAAACACGAAAGACAUGUACACACAUGGAUGUGUCGUUGGACCAUGUUGUCGACGUCGGUCGAGCAGUACUCGUGCAGCUUCACAUGGUGGCCGGCCCGUUCCUCUGCAGCGGCGUCGUCAUCAUUGGCGUCAUCGGCCAUCGGCAUCGGGAGUUGCCCCGGGGCGGUCAGGGCGCGUCAGACGAAGAAGGGAAUCGACAUGCCGCCGUUGACAUCGAGCAGGAAGAUAGUGUUCCAAAAAUAGAGCAGGCAGCUUCCACUGCAGAGUCUGCCGUUGCAAGAACAACUCCUUCAAUAUUUGCUGCCGUGUCCAACACGACCUGCUGCUCUACUGAACAACUGCAUUACAUUGACCACGUCCAAAGACUCCUGCCAUGGGUCACUGCAAGAUCGAGACUCACCCCAAUAACGCACGAGCGCAACCGCUCAGUGACUUUUCUCAAGUAUCUACGUUCUGAUAUUGGCUUCAAGACGUAUUCCGAUGUGAGGCUUGCGGCCCUUUUCCUCGAACAUAGGCGAGUCUGGGAUAUCUUUGAUCAUAUCUCGACCUAUCGAAAAGGCACAGCGCUAGAUCGUACUGUGGCAAAAUCGCACGGCGCCGAAAAGCCAUCGAACGUUGUUCCAACUGUCGUUUUAGGUCUCGUCAUCGAUGAGAUUGUGCAGCAGAGCACCCCGCUUGGCAUAUUAAGCAAGGAGUGCCGCUGGAGUGAUGAUAGAACCGACUUGCGCAAUAUGAGCCUCGUCCAUCGUUCCUGGACAGAAGUUACACAGAAAGGACUGCGUCGACGGGCAAUCAUUCCGGAGAUGGCUAUUUAUUGGAUACCCUAUGACCAUGAUGAUAUCAACUCUGAUGAUCUGGAGCUAUUGGAGACGCUCCUUGCACGUACUCCGAAUGUUCGCUCUCUGGCAUUCAAUACGGCACUGACGUCGUAUCGUCUACUGUACGACGGCGAUUAUAAUCCAAACCUGAAGGUGCCAAAUUGCCUCGGUGCUAUAACAAAUGCGUUGCCGGAUCUCCGUCAUCUUUGGCUUAACCAUUUUCGCACUGGAAGUCAUAUCCGUCAUUCGGGACUCAAAGUCUGUGAUGCCUUGCAAUCGUUAUACGCUUUCGUCCCUAAGAUGCACGCAUUGGAGUUUUUAUCCGUACAAGGAUGGAUAGGCUCGGGGAUAGAAAGUUUAAACUGGAAUGAACACCUUCCUCGUUGA